AUGACUAUGGAUGAUAUUUCAUCAUCAGAUAGUUGUUUUCAAGAAAGACGUAAGAAAUCAGUUAUUCCAUGGACAUCAAAUGAUGAUGAAAAAUUAUUAAAUGCUAUUAAAAAAUAUGGAAAAGAAAAUUGGAAAUCAGUUUCAGAUUGUUUACCUAAUAAAACAAGGAAACAAUGUAGAGAAAGAUAUUAUAAUUGUCUUAGUGAUGAUAUUGCUAAAAAACCAUGGUCAAAAGAAGAAGACCAAAUGUUAAUAGAUUUACAAAAAAUAUUAGGAAAUAAAUGGACAGAAAUGAGUAAAUCAUUUCAAGGAAGAACACCAAAUUCAUUAAAGAAUAGGUUCUUUUCUCAUUUACACCCAGAAUAUAGAAAAAAAUUAAGAGAAAAUAAAAUUAAUAGAACUCCAGAUGAUAAAAGUGAAAAGAACGAAACGAAACCCCCAAAAAGUCCUUCUCAAAAAUCAGCAUUUAUACGUGUUAAAUCAUCAAAAUAUGAAAUAAUAUAA